UGUCAUCACUGACAGCUGUAAUGUCAAUGUCGCUGCUUAUAAUUUGUUUUGUUAGCGGUUUGUUUCCCGUAUCAAACUAUUGCGGAUGAUUUUUGCUGGUAAAGCACUUUAUUUUACACGUUUUCGUGUUAUCGGCCAGUGAGUGCUACAUAUAUUUCCCAUUAUCAUGUACAUUUUGUGUCGACAAAAUGAGUGACGAAACUAACGAGGAACGACAGGACAACGAAUUUGAAGCUUUACAGGCUAUUUACGGUGAUGCGGUUGUGGAUAACCGUGAAGCAGUAGCAUGGAAGAUAUGGAGACCUAUAGAUCUGAUGCUUACGUUGAAUCCCUUACACAAUUCAGACAUCAAAGGCAUACAUUGCUCUGUUACGUUACAUUUCAAAUGCUGUCCCAACUAUCCUGAUAAGCCCCUUAGCAUAGCUAUACACAAGAUGAGAGGUCUAUCCACCGAGAAUGGUACGCAGUUGUUGUCUGAAUUAGAAACUCUAGCGACUAAACUGACGGGAGAAGUCUGUAUAUUUCAACUAGCUCAACAUGCUCAGCAAUUUCUCCAUGACCACAACAAGCCGACACUGUCGUUCUACGAUGAAAUGUUACAGCAAAAGACUGAACAGGAACAGCUGAAACUGCACGAUCUGAAAGUUAAGGAAAAUGAAGAGCGACAAAAAAUGAAAGAUGAAAUUCAGAAAAGGCAAGAAAUAUUGCGUUGUGCGGGCCGGCAGCGUGUUCAUAGGUCUAGCAUUAGUCAGGACAAUGAUAGCAUAGACGGACAGGGAGACGCUCCUGAACUUGUAUAUUACGCCGACGACAAGAUGUCUCCGGUGAAGAAACCAGUGCGAACCAAAACGGUGGACAUACCGUGCACGUGCAAGAACAGAGGCGUACAAGUCAUUAGGAUUACUCAGAGAAAUAAUAGGAAGGUUUAUAUUGGAAACUGUUUAGGCCACUCCUCCAACGGCGCGACAACUUACUUAGCGAUCGACGACGAAGGGGAGCGACUAAUCGCAAAAAAAUGGAUCGCGCCGCCCGCCAACGACUUUCAAGUGCGGACUCGACAACUGACCUCCAUACAACAAGAUCUGAAAGCCAUGUCUCGACUGAACCACCCUUCUAUAACCCCCUACAUAGCCAUGGAAACUAUAAAAGACGCGAACAAACGGACAGCAAAACAAUACAUAUACUUAUUCAGAAAAUUCGUCUUAGGCAGUGCGUUGAAAAGUGUUAAAAGUAGACUCAGUGUGUUUAGUGAUCGCUAUGAAGGGUUAAAACUGUUAAGGCAUGUUGGUUUGGGGGUCUUAGGGGCGUUGAAGGAGCUCCAUAGUGUAGGAAUCGUGCAUAAAGAUGUGAGGGGACAAAAUGUGUAUUUGGACGACUUUGGUGGGGUCAAGUUGGUGGGCAUUGGUCUUGAUGUGAGACUCGCUGAGAUGCUCGACGGUGAUACGUUUUGUGACAGGCAUACAGCAGCGCAAGAUAUUUAUGCUACUGGGCUGUUACUACUGUCAAUAGUGUCACAAGAGCGAACCUACAUGGAAAUACCGCCCGACCUGCCUAGUUCUGCUAAGGAUUUCUUUGCCAGAUGUCUAACAGAAGACGAACAAUCUCAAUGGUCAGCGGAACAGCUCUUAAACCACGUGUUCAUGGUCGAUGCUCCUUCCAAAGUGCCAAGCAGUAAAGAGCAGAAUCAUGAAGGAAGUGGCUCUGAGGACGAUGAAGCUGUAAAGAAGAUCCACCAUACCAGUCCAAUGACGAACGGGCAUUCGCGUCUUCACGCCGAGUUUGAAGUCCUUACGUGGCUAGGCAGCGGAGCUUUCGGCGAUGUACUGAAGGUUAAAAACAAACUAGACGGCGGUUUCUACGCGAUCAAACGCAUUAAACUUAACCCUGAAAGCGUUCAGUUAAAUAAGAAGAUAACUAGAGAAGUUAAGUUACUAUCUAGACUUAACCAUGAGAAUGUGGUUAGAUAUUUUAACGCGUGGAUCGAGUCUAGUGUUGCGGUAGAAGAGGACGACGUUAGUGAAGAGAUAGAGAUAGAAGAUGUUAAAAAGAGAGUUGAUAGUUUACAAGGCGUUGUAGCCAAACUAGGCCAAGAUGUGAAGGUGGAAUGGUCAAUGUCAGAGAUUCCUGUACAGAACACGAACUCAUCAUCAGACAGUGAGGAUGAGGAGGAUGAUGAUGAUGAACCGGAUCCCUGGUUCAAUAUUAUGAGGCCUGAUGACGGAUCAAGUAGCGGCGUGGAAUUCGAAGAAGAAUCCAAUGUGUCGCAGACUAUAGAAUCUGAGGACGAGGUAGACGCGCCGCGGCCGCCAUCGGAACGUGUGAAACAAGUACUUUAUAUACAGAUGGAGUUUUGUGAGAAACAUACUCUACGGCAGGCCAUCGACAGUGGGUUGUACCAGGAGCAUUUUCGAGCGUGGAGGUUGUUUAGGGAGAUAGUGGAAGGUCUAGCUCAUGUGCACCAAAGAGGCAUGAUCCAUAGAGAUCUGAAGCCGGUCAACAUAUUCUUGGACUCCAAUGACCAUGUCAAGAUAGGAGACUUCGGACUCGCUACUAAAGCAUUCUCUGUUUUACCUGUGGACGAAAAAGCUAAGCAAGAGGAAAUUGGUGGAUCACUGACGGGCCAGAUCGGCACAGCUUUAUACGUGGCUCCGGAACUCCUGCAAUCCAGUUCCAAAGUCAUAUACAACCAGAAGGUGGACAUAUACUCGCUGGGCAUCAUCCUCUUUGAGAUGUUCCAUCCCCCCCUCGACACCGGGAUGGAGAGGAUGCUGGUCCUCUCCAACUUGAGGAGCAAGGACAUUAUAAUGCCUAAGGGUUUCGAAAAAGAGGAGAAUGCGAGGCAGAUUCAUGUUAUCAGGUGGCUACUAAACCACGAACCAAGUUUGCGUCCUACUUGCGCAGAAUUAUUAGGCAGUUCCCACGUACCUCGGGCCGUACCUGAGGGUGCACUAGCGGGGCUACUGUCCCACGCACUGAGCGACAGGGGGGCGCGAGGGUACACACGACUGGUCGCCGCCUGCCUGGACCAGCGGCCGUCGGCUGCCGAGGACUAUACUUACCAUAAUGACAUGAAGACGAAGCCACAGGAGUUGUUGUUGCAGAUUAAGGAUGCUGUUACUAAGGUGUUCCGUAGCCACGGUGCCACAGAAUUCUCCCCUCCCCUACUAAUUCCCCGCGCAUCAGCCUGGGACCAGCAUGCCAACGCCGUGAAAGUGAUGACGUCAUCGGGCUCCGUCGUACAUCUACCUCAUGAUUUGAGACUGCCGUUUGCUAGGCAUAUAGCAUACAAUGGCACAAAGUACAUGCGUCGUUACGUCGUGGAUCGAGUUUACAGGGAGAAACAUGUGCAAGGGUUUCAUCCAAGAGAAAUAACCGAGUGUGCUUUCGAUAUCGUGUCGCCGAAGACUGACUCCCUAUGGCCGGAUUCAGAGCUCCUAGUAGUGGCCAGUCGGGCGGCGUCAGAGAGUUGUCUGAAAGUGUCUCUACAGCUGAACCACACGGAGUUACUGCGCACUCUACUACUGUCCUGCGGGGUGCCCAUGGACAAACACGCCGACAUAUACCCUGUACUCGUUGAUGUUAGUUUUGGUCGUAUAACCAGCUUACAACUACAAACCCACCUAACAUCCCUUUGCAUCACAAACAAAGAUGUAUCGAACCUCCUGCGUCUAAUGGACGCAGACGUGCCAAUACAUGAAGUGAGAGAACUAGUCAUACCGUAUGUGAAACAUGCUAAAUGGAGCAAAGUCGUGUCGCAAGCUGUUCAUGAUUUGGAGGCUGUGUAUAGAAACGCUAAGGCUUUGGGUUGUGAGUGCCCAAUCACAGUAGCUCCGUUCCUAGCCUAUAAUGCGACGCAGCAUUCUGGAAUAUUCUGGCAAAUGUCGGUCAUCAGGAAUACGGACAAUAAAGUCGUUACUGCCAAACACAGGGCAGGAGAUCUUAUUGCAGCGGGAGGAAGAUACGAUGCCUUGGUAGCAGAAUUCUGGAAGGUAGCAUCAACGGAGAAGGAUCAUGACAGUACCGAACUAAAGUCUAGUUCAGUUGGGUUCUCUAUGUCUUUGGAGAGAAUGGCGGCCAUAUUGAAAAAGAUGGACGCUGAGACGCCAAUCCAACAGCCUAAUGUUGAGAUGGGUCUAAUCUGCGUGUGUGUAUGGGGCGCGGCGGGGUCGGGUCGCGACGGGCAGGCGGCGCGGCGCCGGGCCUGCCUGGCGCGCGACCUGUGGGCCGCCGGCCUGCGCGCCGCGCUGUGGCCAUCUGCCAAUGACUCCACGGCCGACGCACACGACCUGGCGCGGCCCGGACUGCUCAUACUGCACGAUGAUGCUGAUGUUAGACUGGCUUGCUGGGAUGGGAUGAGGUUAAGAGAACAUAAAGUGCCAUACAUAGAUGUCCUGGACUUCAUCAGACAGAAGCUGUGUCCCGAUACUGUCAGGAAUUCUGAACCUGGUACUACGUCAAACCGCGCGCUGAGCUGGUCGGAGUGUGAGAAGUCAAACGGUGGCUUCACGACCUCAGUGAGCUUCUGCAUCGGCUCCAAAGACAGGAUGAACAAGAACUCCAAGAGGCAUUGUGAGAACCAGAUAAACACCCAAAUAACGUCGACGCUAGUGUCCCUGGGUCUGCAGGCGGGCAUCAGCCGGGUGCGAGUGCACGUGGUGGCGGUGUCCCUGGAGGCGGGCGCGCUGCGGGCGCUGGCCGCGGGGCUGGCCGCGCCGCUCGACCCAGCCGACAUGCACCACGCCUUCAUGGCGGUUAUUGAUGCGUACCCAAAACGCCGAGAUGUAUUAGACGACGCCCUCCAUGAAUUAACAACACUAGUUAAACAAAACAGCCAGUGUAGGGCCACAGAUGAAACACAGCUCUAUGCUCUUUACUCUAUAAACGAUUCUCUAUGCCGACUGAUCACGUGACCUUACUUUAGAGUAUAUCUUUUUUACAAGUUUUUGCAUUGACUUUUGUUUAUAUUUUAGUUGUAAUUAAUUAAUUAAUGUCGGAUUGUUUGAUUUUGUGUAACUUCGAUGAUGGAAGUGUUUUUUUAUGUGUAUAGUUUUGUCGGAGUGUGAUAUACAGUGUAGUGUAGUUAGGUAACUCUUACUUUGGUUUUAUCUCAGGCUAUUUUAGCUACUUUUUAUAUGUAUAGGGUGACUGGUAAUUAGUGAAAGAUAUCUUAACACGUGAUUGUAAUCAUGAUUACAACUAACUUUCCCAGAGAAACUUUUUUUUUCAAAAACUUUGUUCCACACUAGAAUUUUCUCUGGUGUCGUGACGCGUUUACAAAUAUACAAGUUCACGUAAAAAAAGUUUCUUUGGGAAAGUUGUUUGUAAUCAUGAGUACAAUCACGUGUUUAAAUAUCGCUCCCUAAUUACCAGUCACCCUAUAUUGAUAAAAGUAUCUCAAUUCUAAGAUUUAUGUAAUAAAAAUAUUAACCUGUAACUGCAAUAGCUAAAAAGUUAGUCUAAAUAUGUGUUACAGGCCCCAAAAAGUGAUAAAACCUAAUUACUUUUCACCUCGUUAAUUAUUUUCUCCCAACCUCAUAAGUGUAAUAGUUCUACCCAUUGAUAAUAGAUGGUGUUCUGUGUUAAGGUACCGGUAAUUAUUAUUUAUCGGCUUACUCAUGUAACUGUUUGGCGAGGAACUC